CAAUGUUUACCUACAGAAGUACAAGCGUAUACGAAAGGUUGUUGAAGUGUAUAUGCAUUUCUGCAAUUGCGCUUCGUAGAAUGUAUCAGAAAGUUGAAAUCAUCAUAUGAAAUAAAUGCGCAGUGCUGUCGUUUCUGGAGUAAUUAGAGGAUAUACUAUUGUAACACGCUGUAAUACUUACGUGAAAUGACACGGAAACGACUCGACUUCAUCUGAUGUGACUGUAAUUGGGUGUUAUCCUCUUGGUUGUUAUGAAGUUUAUGUUAAAGUACCUACAAAUGAACAAGGUUUUGUCGUCUUUUUCUUUUUUAAUGUACAUAUCCUGACACAAAGAAUGUGGAGCACCCAGAAGUAGUAGUUGGAUGUCAACAGAACUUUUCCUACACUUGCACACGAUUGUCAGGUGCCUGGUGACAAGUAAACAUGAUCAUCUAUGUAACAUCCACCACAGUUGACAGGAAGUGCAACUCAAAGCAUUAGAUAACCUGUAAAAGCAGUUUCACUAUGGAUGCAGUAACUAAACACAAAGAAACACUGCUGUGAAUAUGACCGCAAGAGCAAAAGCGGGAACAGAAUCAGCGCCAACUUCAGAGUCCGGCCCAUCAUCAGGGUCCGGCCCAUCAUCAGGGUCCGGCCCAUCAUCAGGGUCUGGCCCUUCAUCAGCGUCCGGCCCUUCGUCAGCGACCGGUACUUCUUCAGUGACAUUGGAGACAUCGGUGACAUCACAGGCAUCACACAGUGAUCCAGAGCACUGUGCAUUGGCGGCAUCGGCACCAUUGGCGGCAGCAGCAGCUGAACAGCCCAAGACAUCAGCUGAACCACCACUACCGCAAAUAUCAACACAGCCACCAGCGCCACCAGCAGCUCUGUCAGACACAGCACCAUUAGCACCACUGUCGCCAGCAUCUGCACCAUUAGCUGCAGUACCAAACGAACAGCUCAUCGUCACCGCAGUGCCGUCAUUGCCGUUUCCAGGUGAAAAUGCAGGCAGUGCUGAUGUGUUAGCGCAGGGAUCUGACGAAGACCUGAUUGUGGAAUAUAACGAUUCCAUACCAUUGUUCGAGAGCGAUACACAUGAUAUGUACGUGAUUGUGGAUGAUUCAGAUUACACCUUCGAAUUGCCCUUUGAGUGUAUGGAGAGUGGGAGAUAUGCUGCUGAAGCAUAUAUGUGAAUUAUUCUCAUCCUCAACUGAAGAUCUUAUACCUUACGUGUUUUACUAUUAUAAAUUAUUCAUAAACAUAAACAUUUUAUUGCCUAUCAUAAUAUAGAAAUAGUGUCUUGUAUAACCUAUCAUAUAUUAGUGAUAAAUAAAGUACUUUCACCCCC